GCUGCUUUCCUUUAGACAUUAAGCUUUAUAUUUAGAACUCUCUAAUAAAUCAAAUAAAUCUAUGAAGUGAAGCGAAAAUCCGCCGCCCAUCUCACAUUUGUGUAUUUGUCUCAUUCGCAAGUGCAACUCAAGCCGAGAGCAAAGUCUGAUUGGAAACGACGCCGCUUAACAGCUUCAUCAAAUUACAUACAAAAUUGUAUAUGUAAAGAGAGAAAAGAAAAGCAAAAAAAAAGAAAAAAAACAUCUGUGUUUUUAGCAGUGUUUAACAUGUGCCGCGCGUAAAAAGAGAACCCCAGUGAAGUUUAGCAAACAACAACAACCGCUGUGAUUCACAAGUAGCGAAUUGUUUUUCUUGCCGUUGUUGUUGUUGUUGUUGCUGUGCUCUCGCGUUCGGCAAGUUCGCGUGUGUUUUUGCCACCAACUUCAGCUCCAGCUCCAGCUACGACUCAAGCAGCUAAUCCGCACUUCAUCAGCAGAAUGUCCAAACACGGCGCUGUCAUUCUGAGCAUUCGCAACAUGCUCCAGGGCCGCUCCAAUGUGCGUCAGUUUGAGCGCUGCGGACUGCGCUUAACGCCGACGUCGACGUCAUUUGCAAGGCGGCAUUUUUGGCCUGGCCUUUUAUUACAACACCAUCACAGAACUUUCGCCUCGUCGACGCCUUGGAAUGAUGACGGGAGUCCGCAGAGCACGAGCAACAAGCACAAAAACCAACCGGCCACGGGCGAAGACAUUGGGAGCCUCAAUUUGAGCGAUUUGAAGGCGCGUCUCCGAGCUCGUGGACUUAGUGUGACGGGCAAAAAGCAGACUCUAGUUGAACGUUUAAUGAAUACAACAACAGCAACAGCAGCAAACGCAACAACAAUAGCAGCAGCAGAAGCUACAACACCAACAACAACAAGAGCAACCACAGAAGCAGCAACAACAAGCUCCAAUUUGUCGUCGUGUAACCCUUGGGAGCAGCCCUCGCUCGUUAAUCAAAUUGCCACCAACGAGUCACCGUCGUCGUGUGGCAACUCCGAGACCCUGUCGCCACACAAUGAUGAUGUUAGUCUGGAGUAUGUGAAUGGUAUGCCCCAUUUGACAGUUCGCCUGCCCAGUCGCAAUGAGCUGUGCCAGUUCGCACUGAAGCCAAUAUCGCACACCGUGGGGCAUCUGCUGGCGAUGCUGAGGGAGGAGGAUCGUGGCAUAGAUCGCGCUGCGAUUAUCAACAAGCAUGGCGUGCGUAUUGCCUCUUCCUGCACCAUCGAAAGAUUGCUGGACGAUAAAUUUAGCAUACAAAUUAACAAUCGUAGUUUGGAUGUGAGGCCGCCGGAACGUGAAAAGAUUACGCUGGAAAAGAUUGACAAGAUGGACGAUGUGCGCAAGAUCAUAGCGCAGCUCUACGAGGCCUUCAAUGUGGGCGAGUAUCAGCUGGAGAAGAGCAAUCAAUUGGCCAAGGAACUGGAAAACCUGCGUUACGAGCUGGAACCGCUCGAGGAGAGAAAAAUGGAGCUCACCAAAAAGGCGGAACGUCGAACCAAUAUGAUGACUUGGGUAGGCCUGGGUCUAAUGUCCGUGCAGUUUGGCAUUCUGGCUCGUCUAACUUGGUGGGAGUACUCCUGGGAUAUCAUGGAGCCGGUGACUUAUUUCGUAACAUAUGGCACGACAAUGGCCAUGUACGCCUACUAUUGUGUGACCAAACGCGAAUACAUCAUGGAGAACGUGUAUAAUCGCGAGUACUCGCUAAACCUCUACAAAAAUGCCAAGAAAGUGCAGUUUGAUGUGGAGCACUAUAAUCGUCUGAAGCGCAAAUCGGCGGAAUUAGAAUACAAUCUGAGCCGACUGAAUGAUCCCAUCAAUAUGCAGCUGCCAGCUCAUUUGGUGCGCACCCAACUUGACUCGCCACCCAUUGAUGAGAACAACAAUGCGCUCGAAAAGAGUAAAGACAAAAGUACUUAAGAACCUCGUGGCCUCCACACCACUCCUCCCACCAGACGUCGUAGCAAGCAGUUGCGAGAAGAUUGUGCAGGGAGGGGGGGAUGAGGAACAGCUAACGUUGCCACCUAUUUAAAAUGAAACUCAAAUCUACACUUAAAAACUCGCACGCUCUCAAUCAAUCAACUCGUCAUUAAGCCAAUGUUAUCGUAAAGUGAUCGAAAUUAUAGUCAAACUUUUUAUGUAUAUUUAAAUAUGAUUUUUAUACGUUUUGGCUAACUUAAUGUUGCAUUCUUUUGUUGAAUGCAGUGUGUUUUUCUGUUAAAUGAAUGUUUAGUUAGUGAUGUUAAAUUUGUAGACUAAGUCAAUGUUUCUACGGGCCAACAAGCGCACAACAACCACAAAUGACGUAAUCUGAUAAAGGUGUUUGCUAAACAUUUGUUUAGCUACUAUUAUUUUUAUUAUUAUUUUAUUAUUUAGUAAAAGAGAUUUGUUCUUAAGCCUAUACUCCUUAUGUGCGUUGUGAAAGUUCUAGUAAAAUAUAUGAAUUAUUUAUUGAA